AUGAAGCUUUUUGCCAUUCUCGCUGCCUCUGUUUCCGCGAAUUGUGGAGGACAGAUCACAACUGAGCAGCGAAUCUACUCCCCGGGUUGGCCAGGAGACUAUGGAGCAUUUGAAAGUUGCUUAUGGGAAAUCGACCUUGGGGACAUCUACGGCUUCAACCUCAUUCCUCACCAUUUUGAUGUCGAAAGCUUCGGAACCUGCGGCUGGGACUACUUGAUGAUCUCUGCCAACGAUGACGGCGGCAUCUAUUGUGGCUACAACUCGGUUGCUCGAAAACGACGCCAAAUCGAAGAAAUCGCCGGAGUGCAGAAAAAGUCGCCAGCUCCGCGGACCGGCGCGGCAAGUCGAUUCGGAGUUUCCACCGCUGGAAUGCCCACGUACUUCGUCUCAGGAGGCCAAGCGCAGAUCCUGUUUGAGACUGACGAUCUUGACUUCUACAGCGGAUUUGAAAUCGAGAUUCAAAUCGUUGAGCCACCAACAACAACAGCCGCUUUCACAACAACAACAACGUCGACAACAACUGUUGCACCGAUCGACUGUCCAAACAGUGCCUGGGAGCCGAACUCAGCAAACACUGCCUGCUCACCCAUCGAUUUAACCGUUCAGUGCGAUUCAACUGAAAUCACCAUCUCCGCCCACGUCGAUCACCUCUACGCAAAUCUGCCUUCCACCCUCUACGGCGAUGUCCGGCUAAACAUAGGAGACUGCACUGGAAACAAUGCUCCCGACGCGAACGGAUGGAUGACUGAAACUUUCAGCUUGGGAACAUGCGGCGGCGAUGUCACUCAAUCCAGCCAAAUCAACGUUUCCUGGGACGGACGAGGUCCUCCCGAAGUCAUCAUGCAAGACGGUGUCUACGUCUCGUCGAUUCUUGGCUUCAAAGCCGAGUGCAUUUACUCGAGCGAGAUCAGCCUCAUGGCCGAUCCCUUUUCAGUCGAUCAGAUUGAGUCAACAGCUGCACCAGUAACGAACACGAGCAACUUUGAUGAUCACUUCGAGUUGAACAUCUUCAGCGAUAACUUCUUCUCCGUUGAAGCUGCUGGCGUCAAUAUCGGCGAGACACUUUUUGGUUCCGUCACUUCCAACCUCAAUCUUGGUUCCCUAUCUUACGAUUACCAGAUCACAAAAUGCACCGCCUACGACAGCGCCAACAUGGAUGGACUUAGCUACGACAUCCUCGCCGAUCACUGCUCUCCCUCCACCGCCGUCGCUUUUGACGACGCUGAUCUUGAGGGCGGCUCUGGUGAUGACUCAGCAGACUUCUCCUUCACCAGCUUUACGUUCAGCACUGACGAUGAAACUCUCCACAUUGAGUGCGACGUGAAAAUCUGUGUCCGAGGCGCGAACGGCGCUCUUUUGGACUCGUCCUGUCCUACUUCCUGUCUUUAA